AUGGCACGGUCUAGGGGAAAUUCUAAACCGGUUCCAGUACCAAAGAAGGAAGAGUUAGUUUCGAAAAAGAGAAAACAAGACUCUGAAGAAGAGGAAGUAGAAUCAAGUUCAGACGAUGAGUUUAAAGUGGAAGGAUUAAUUGAUCAAGAAAGUGAUGAUGAUGAUGAUGAAGAGAAAGAAGAAGAAGAAGAAGAUUCCUCUGCGGAUGGAGAUAAUGAUAGUGAAGAUGGUGCACAAAAUGGAACUUUUGAGGAGGAUGAAGAAGAAGUGGAGGAUGAUAUCAGCGAGGCAAGUCGAUCAGACUUUGAUUCCGAGGAGGAACUCAACAAACUUCUCGGAGACGAAGAAGAUCCAAGUGAUUACAGCUCAGUUGAAUUCCCAGAUGAGUCACAGGAUGAUUUAUCCGAUGUCAAUUUGAAAAACUUGUCAGUUAAGGAUCCAUCAGCUCAAGAAAUCAAGACCAAAUAUUCCGAUGGCAGAUUAAGAAUAAUCAAACCCGAAAUUGAACCCGUUUAUGAUAGUGAUGAUAGUGAUGCGGAAAAUUUUAACACCAUUGGUAACAUCCCUCUUUCCGCUUAUGAUGAAAUGCCGCACAUUGGUUACGAUAUCAAUGGUAAGAGAAUCAUGAGACCAGCUAAAGGAUCGGCCUUGGAUCAGUUAUUAGAGAGUAUCGACUUGCCACAAGGGUGGACUGGGUUGUUAGAUCAAAACACGGGUACUUCUUUAAAACUUACUGAUGAAGAAUUGGAAUUGAUUCGCAAGAUUCAACAACAAGAAAAUACUGAUGAAAAUAUCAAUCCAUACGAGCCUUUAAUUGAUUGGUUCACCAAAGACCAGGAAGUUAUGCCAUUGACUGCGGUUCCUGAACCCAAGAGAAGAUUUGUUCCAUCAAAGCAUGAAGCUAAACGAGUUAUGAAGAUAGUACGUGCUAUUCGUGAAGGUAGAAUUUUGACUCCAGAAAAGGCCAAAGAACAACAUGAAAAGGAAGAUGAUGAGCUAAACUUUGAUCUUUGGGCCGAUGAGACUGAAGUACCUGAUCACAUCAUGAAUUUACGGGCACCAAAAUUGCCGCCACCAACAAAUGAUGAAAGUUAUAACCCACCCGAGGAGUACCUUUUGACCGAGGAAGAACGAUCCAAAUGGGAGAAUGAAGACCCCAUCGAUCGUGAACGUAAUUUUAUUCCCCAGAAAUACAAAUCACUUAGACAAGUUCCUGGAUAUCAAGAGAGCGUAAGAGAACGGUUUGAACGAUCAUUGGAUUUAUACCUUGCGCCAAGAUUACGUAAAAACAAAUUGAACAUUGACCCUGAGAGUUUAAUUCCAGAACUACCAUCACCAAAGGAUUUGAGACCAUUUCCUAUACGUUGUUCAACUAUUUAUGAGGGACACACUGGUAAAAUUAGAACUGUUGCUGUAAACCCACAAGGUAUUUGGUUAGCCACUGGGUCAGAUGAUGGUAGUGUUAGAGUAUGGGAAGUGUUGACUGGUAGACAAGUUUUCAAAGCACAAAUUAUCAACAAGGAACAUAACAGCGAAGAUCAUAUUGAAAGCAUCGAAUGGCAUCCUGAUACCGAUACUGGUAUCUUGGCCGUUUGUGCUGGUGAAAAUAUUUAUCUUUUGGUACCACCUAUUUUCGGGUUUGAUAUCGAAAAUACUGGUAAAUUGAGAAUUGAAAGCGGUUGGGGUUAUGAUACUUUUGGAAAUAAGAAAAAGGGAAUGAAGGUGGAAGCGGGUGACGGUGACAACGGUGAUGAUGACGAUGACAAUAACGGCAAUGAUGACGACGGUGAUGCAUCCACCACUAUUGCCACUAAAAAAGAUGUGGCUAAAUGGAUUAAUCCUACAGCCACACAACAAGCACAAUCAAUAUCAGCUAUUAUUCAAUGUCGUAGAACCGUUAAGAAAAUUUCAUGGCAUAGAAAAGGUGAUUAUUUCGUUACUGUUUCACCUGACAGCAAAAACACUGCUGUUUUGAUUCAUCAAUUAUCAAAACACUUGUCACAAUCGCCGUUUAAAAAGACCAAAGGAGUAAUAAUGGAUGCCAAAUUCCAUCCAUUCAAACCACACUUGUUUGUGGCAUCACAACGUACCAUCAAAAUCUAUGAUUUAUCACAACAGAAUUUGAUCAAGAAAUUGAUGCCUGGUGUUCGAUUAUUGUCAACAAUUGAUAUUCAUCCUCGAGGUGACAACUUGUUAGCCGGAUCUUACGACAAGCGUGUUCUUUGGCACGAUACAGAUCUUAGUGCUACGCCAUACAAGACUCUCAGGUACCAUGAAAAAGCGGUACGAGCAAUCAAAUACCACAAGGGUAAUUUACCAUUAUUCGCCUCGGCUUCUGAUGAUGGAAGCAUACAUAUUUUCCAUGGUACUGUCUAUGAUGAUUUAAUGACGAAUCCAUUAUUGGUUCCAUUGAAAAAAUUGACGGGUCAUAAAGUGAUUAAUCAAAUUGGUAUAUUGGAUAUUGCUUGGCAUCCUAAAGAAGCGUGGUUAUUUAGUGCAGGAGCCGAUGGUACUGCUCGUUUAUGGACCACUUAG